CCCAUCCAUUUUCCAUUCUUCUCCAUUCUCUCUCAAAAAUAUCUAAUACCAACACACCACCACCACAACCAACCCCAAAUGAAACCCUUUUUCUUGUCUUGAAGCUUUUCCUCCUCAGAAUUAACCUACUUUGAGAAGCUUAAUUGUGUUGACCGGCCAUGAGCCUUGAGGACUCUCUAAGAUCUCUCUCCCUCGACUACCUCAAUCUUCUCAUCAACGGCCAGGCUUUCAGCGAUGUCACCUUCAGCGUGGAGGGGCGUCUGGUUCACGCUCACCGCUGCAUCUUGGCGGCGAGGAGUUUGUUCUUUCGGAAGUUUUUCUGUGGGCCGGAUACACCCACCUCGUCCGGCCUCGAUCUGGGUGGUGCUAGGGUGGGGUCGCCGACGUCGUCGUCGUCGUCGUCGUCGAGGGCGGGAAGCAGUCAAGUGAUUCCGGUGAACUCGGUGGGGUAUGAGGUGUUUUUGUUGCUGUUGCAGUUUUUGUACAGUGGACAAGUUUCAAUCGUGCCGCAGAAGCAAGAGCCUCGCCCUAAUUGCGGUGAGAGAGGGUGUUGGCAUACGCAUUGUACCUCCGCCGUUCAACUUGCUCUUGAUACUCUCUCCGCUGCUAGAUCCUUCGGCGUUCAACAGCUUGCAUUGCUCACUCAGAAGCAGCUGGCGAGCAUGGUGGAGAAGGCAUCGAUUGAAGAUGUAAUGAAAGUGUUAUUAGCUUCAAGAAAACAAGACAUGCAUCAACUUUGGUCCACUUGUUCUCACCUUGUUGCUAAAUCCGGUCUCCCUCCAGAGGUGCUUACCAAACAUCUUCCCAUUGAUGUAGUAGCUAAAAUUGAAGAGCUUCGUUUAAAAUCAUCUCUGGCCCGCCGUUCUCUAAUGCCUCACCAUCACCACCAUCACCACCAUCACGACCUCUCGGUCGCAGCCGAUCUCGAAGAUCAAAAGAUUCGUCGAAUGAGAAGGGCGUUAGACUCCUCCGAUGUUGAGCUUGUAAAACUCAUGGUAAUGGGUGAAGGGUUGAAUCUUGAUGAAGCAUUGGCCUUACAUUAUGCUGUUGAGAAUUGUAGCCGUGAAGUUGUGAAGGCUUUGCUUGAGCUUGGAGCUGCCGACGUUAACUACCCAGCUGGCCCCACUGGCAAAACCCCACUUCACAUGGCAGCUGAAAUGGUGUCACCGGACAUGGUGGCCGUGCUUCUCGACCACCACGCCGACCCAAAUGUCCGAACCCUCGAUGGCAUCACACCAUUGGAUAUCCUAAGAACCCUAACUUCCGACUUCCUCUUCAAAGGCGCUGUCCCUGGACUAACCCACAUCGAGCCCAACAAGCUUAGGCUCUGCCUCGAGCUGGUCCAGUCCGCAGCCUUAGUUCUCUCCCGCGAGGAAGGUAAUGCCAAUGCUAACAUCAACGCUUCAUCCUCUCCAAUUUACCCGCCAAUGAGCGAGGAUCAUAGCAGCAGCAGCAGCAAUUUGAAGGUGGAUUCGAGAUUAGUUUAUUUGAAUCUGGGAGCCUCACAAAUGGGUGGCUCUAGAGUGGAUGGAGAAGAGGAUAACAGGCAUGGCUCACAAGGCGGCUGUGUUCCAACAAUGUACCACCAUUCCCAUGACUUUUGAAGCGCAGCCAUCAAAAAAUGUUACAUAAUUUCAAAAUUAAAAGAAAUCAUCUCUGGGGAAUCAAUUAUGAUUGCAUCAAUUAUAAUGUCAGUUCUUUUUCUAAUUAAUUCAGUUUUAUGUGGA